AUGCAACCUGGAGCUGCUCCUCAAGCUCCGACGGAAGACACGGCAGAGGGUCCCCCUCUUAAACGGAACAAGGUGUCGGCUGCCUGCGACGUAUGCCGGAACAAGAAGAUCAAGUGCGAUGGGGUACAGCCUGAAUGUGGUCCCUGCCGAACCAGGCCGAGCCACAAUACCAGAUGUAGCUGGCAACACAGUAUCUCGCGCGGUAGUGUCCCAGUGCCGGAGGAGGUUGCACGCUUACAGCAACGUAUUCGCGAUCUCGAACAAAAGCUCAACACAGGGAGCGUAACGACCGCCCAAAGACCAUCGCAACCACACCUUGAUAGACCACGAUCAAUUCCCCUCGAAGCCCACAAUGGUGAAGAAGGUAAUCAGCGUGGAUUCCGCCGGCCUGAACGUCCAAGUUCUGGGUUUCCACGGGAAGGAGACGCUCGUCCUGGCCGAGAGUCUUCAGUCCUCAUCGACGAUGAGAGUCCCGCGAGUGCCAUGGUAGGCUCACUGGAGGAUACAGCCAUUUCCCGCAGAUUCUUCGGAGGCUCAAGUGCAGGUACUUUUAUGAACUACAUUCGCAACGUAGUUGCACGAAGGAGUGGUAGAAACAAUGAGUCCCCCCUGUCCUCAAUGGCAGGAGCCUCGGAAAAGUCUCGAAGCCCUCAACGCCGCAACCGACGAAGAUCUCUCAACGCCGACGACUGGGCGCUGCCACCGAGGAACAGAGCCGAUGCAUUGAUGAGUGUUUAUUGGGAUAUCGUGCACCCGUUGUAUCCUUAUAUUGACCGUACUGUCCUGAUGACGCAGUAUGGAAACCUGUUCUCUGGACAGGGCCCCGCAGAUGUCGAUGUAUCGGUCCUCUGCUCACUCAACCUCAUCUUCGCACUUUCCUGCCAGCUUGACACAACAGUUUCCGCGGAACGGCGUCGAACAUCGUCAACCGUUUUCUUUCAAAGGGCGCAAGGGUUGCUGGAUCUGUGGAAAUUGGACGAGACUGUCGAGUCUGUGCAAGCCUUGCUGCUCCUCGGCCAGUAUCUCCAGAGCACCAAUGAACCAUCACAAUGCUGGCUAUUCGUCGGAGCUGCGAUUCGGAUGGCCCAGAGUCUAGGUCUGCAUUUGGUGCAUCAUGGCGACUCGGAGUCGACGGCUUCUCGAAGAAGGAAAGAGGUCCGACGGCGUGUCUGGCACGGAUGCGUGUUCAUGGAUCGUGUGCUGGCAAUGACUUACGGCAGACCGACGAUGAUCAGUCGUUCUGUGGCGUCAGCAACUCCAUUGCCGCAACCCGUCGACGACGAAGAACUCGCAGAAGGACAAGACUUUGCAGCACGACAAGGUGCGCCUACGAAGCUGGACUUCUUCAUUCACUCCCUCAAAUUGCACGACGUCCUCGAGCAACUCCUGGAGAACGACCGUUCAAACAGUGGCAAUUGCGAUCAAGCGUCCUUCAUCGGUAUUGACGCCAAAUUGAUGGCAUGGGAACUCGCUCUCCCUCAACAUCUCAAGGACGGCCACCUCGUAGCAAGCGCAGAGCAAGCUCAAACAUCAACAAGACAAAUGGUCCUACUUAGACAAGCUGUAGUCCUGCGUCAGAGGUACCUCCAUGUCAGGCUUCUCGCUCUUCGUCCCAUGCUUUCGGCACAAAUUACGACCGACAUUAACGACUUUGGCAAUCAACCUCUGGGUACGAAUCUCUCGAGAAGACUCACCCACCAAUGUUCAAUAGUAUGCAUCAAAAUCGCACAGGAAGCGAUUGACCUUGUACAUACGCAUCGGGCAUCCGACUGGGCGACAACGGGUCUUCUAGCAGCGUGGUGGUAUAACGUACUAUUCGUCUACAGCGCCGCUACAGUGCUUGUCGCUGCAAACUUGCGUCCUAUAUCUGACCCGGAGCUCAGCGCCGAGAGUACAGCUGAAAGCUGGCGUCGAGCCAUGAACAUCCUUGAGGGCUACCGAGACUAUAGCAAGUCGAUACCGCGACUCAUAACCACGCUCGAGGUACUCUCGGCGGAGAUACCGGAAAGGUAUUCACAUUAUGUACAGAAUGUUGAACACCGGCAGUCGGCUAUAAUGGGUGGUCGACAACUUGGAAUGCCUCCCGCUCCGACGAGCCGCUACAAUAUGGUGCCUAUGAUGAUGCCGGCGGACAUGCAGGAGGCCCCAAUAUACAAUGUGGAUUUUGGGAACGGAGGGAGCCACGAACCCGACUAUUCGGAGCUGAUCUUCGACCCGGGUGAUUUGUCCUGGUUGAAUUCCAUGCCGGUAGAAUUCUAA